UUGAAGAGUUAGUUAGAAACGUCGAGUCGUUGCAGCAAUAAUGGACAAAUUCGAUUUAUCCGUUUACAAAAUAGCAGUUGAAACACCGCUAAUCGAAAGUGUACCGAUUUCACAAUAUACACCCAAUUUUAAUGUUCAUCUGAAACUAGAAAAUACUCAACCUUGCGGUAGUUUCAAGCAACGAGGUAUCGGUCUACGAUGUUUGAAGGCUAAAGAGGCUGGCUACACAAAAGUGAUUUCGUCGUCCGGUGGAAAUGCGGGUCUUGCUGUAGCGCGUUCGGCUCGUGUUCUUGGUCUCGCAGCUACAGUAGUUGUACCACUUACAACUAAUCAACAUGCUAUUAGCCUCUUGAAAGAACAACAUGCGGAAGUGAUACGACACGGUUCUGUCUGGAACGAAGCCCAUGAAUUUGCUUUAAAACUAGUUGAUGAACAGAGCUCCAUAAAGUCGUGCUAUGUUCACGCAUUCGAUGAUCCUGUUGUCUGGGAAGGACAUUCUUCAAUGGUUAUGGAAAUAUCAAAUCAGCUUACGAAUCAACCAAAAGCAAUAGUUUUGUCAUGUGGUGGUGGAGGACUUCUGAUCGGUAUUCUUGAAGGCAUCAAGAAAUUAAAUUGGUACGAUACUGAGGUGAUCGUUGUUGAGACUCAUGGAGCUCAUUCAUUUAAUUUAAUGACGGAAUCUGGAGGCAAAAGAGCUCGUCUAGACAAAAUAACAAGUCGUGCGACUACAUUGGGUGCGUUGGAAGUAGCACCUAGGCUUGUGGAUGACUAUUGGCAGAAUCAAUUUCGCAUGACUUCUGUACUUGUGAGUGAUGAAGAAAGUAUUGAAGCGAUUACAAACAUUGUCGACCAACAUCGUAUGCUUGUUGAGAUGUCGUGUUCGGCAUCAGUGGCUGCUAUAUACAACGGAUCUGUGGAGAAGCUACUCAAAUCAAAGAACAUAGCUUCAGGUGACAUUGUCGUCAUACUUUGCGGCGGGUCGGGUAUAAACAUGCAAGUAUUAAACGAAUUGAAAUCGAUAAGUAAGUUAUAGUAGUAACUCGUAGCUCAAGAACUAUAACAGCACAAUUAUCGAGGAGACUAAAAUAAAAUUGUCGACCAUGAAACAUGUAGAAUUUUUUUUAUUGAAGUCUCCUU